GGUAAUUAAAUGCUCAGCAAAUUAUUGAGAUCAACAUCAAAAGUGAACUAACACACUGUGAAUGCAUUCAGCAGCAAGGUCAUGAAGGGAGAAUAUGUGAUUGGUAUCGAUUUAGGUACUACAAACUCUUGUGUGUCAAUUAUGGAAUCUGGAACACCCAAAGUUAUUGAGAACGCAGAAGGUAUGAGAACAACACCAUCAGUCGUUGCAUUUACCGCUGAUGGACAAAGAAUAGUGGGAGCACCAGCUAAGAGAUAGGCUGUAACAAAUCCUGAAAACACAGUUUAUGCAACAAAGAGAUUGAUUGGUAGAAGAUUUGAUGACCCAAAUGUUUAGAAAGACAUCAAGCAUUUAAGUUAUUCAGUUGUGAGAGCUUAAAAUGGUGAUGCAUGGGUUAGUUUGAAAAGUGGCUAAACCUAUUCACCAUCCUAAAUUGGAGCCUUUGUCUUAAUUAAAAUGAAGGAAACUGCUGAUGCCUACAUUGGAAAACCUUAAUCAAAGGCAGUCGUUACAGUACCUGCUUAUUUCAAUGACUCACAAAGAUAAGCCACAAAGGAUGCCGGUAAAAUUGCUGGUUUAGAUGUUCUGAGAAUCAUCAAUGAACCAACAGCAGCAGCAUUGGCCUUUGGUUUGGAAAAGAAAGAUAACAAGAUCAUCGCAGUUUAUGAUUUAGGAGGUGGUACAUUCGAUAUUUCCAUUUUGGAAAUUAAUGCAGGAGUAUUUGAAGUUAAAGCAACUAAUGGUGAUACAAGUUGUGGAGGUGAGGAUGUUGAUUCCAUUCUAUCCAAUUGGAUCAGUCAAGAAUUCAAGGCAUAAGCCGGAGUUGAUAUUUAAAAGGAUAAAAUGGCUGUCCAAAGAGUCAGAGAAGCUGCUGAAAAGGCUAAAAUUGAAUUGUCAUCAACAACUCAAACUGAUAUUAACUUACCAUAUUUGACUGCUGAUGCCUCAGGUCCAAAGCAUUGCAAUCUCAAAUUGACCAGAGCCAAACUCGAAUCUUUGACUGAAGAUUUCCUUAAGAAAACAAUCAAACCAACUGAAAAUUGUAUUAAAGAUUCUGGUGUUGAUAAGAGCAAGAUCGAUGAAGUCAUUUUGGUUGGAGGUAUGAGUAGAAUGCCAAAGGUCUAAAAGUUGGUCUAAGAUCUCUUCAACAAACCACCCAACAAGUCAGUCAAUCCUGAUGAAGCAGUCUCCAUUGGUGCUGCCAUUCAAGGAGGUGUUUUGAAAGGAGAUGUCAAGGAAUUAUUAUUAUUGGAUGUUACUCCUCUCUCUUUGGGUAUUGAAACCUUGGGAGGAGUAUUCACCAAAAUGAUUCCAAGAAACACAACCAUCCCAACCAAAAAGAGUUAAACCUAUUCAACUGCUAGUGACAAUCAAACUGUAGUUUCAAUCAGAGUCUUCUAAGGAGAAAGAGAAAUGGCUGCUGAUAACAAAUUAUUGGGACAAUUCGAUUUAUCAGGUAUCCCCCCUGCUCCAAGAGGAGUACCAUAAAUCGAUGUCACUUUCGAUAUUGAUGCCAACGGUAUCGUCCAUGUUUCUGCCAAAGACAAGGCAACAGCUAAGGAUCACUCCAUCACCAUCCAAUCAUCAGGUGGUUUGAGUGAAUCUGAAAUUCAAGAUAUGAUCAAUAAGGCUGAAAAGUACAAGGAUGAAGACAAGAAGAGAAGAGAACUCGUUGAUUUGAAGAAUGAAGCUGAUGGAGCUAUAUUCAACACAGAGAAGUCAUUGAAUGAACACAAGGCUAAAUUAUAACCCAAUGAAGUUUAAGAAAUUGAAAGUGCCAUUCAAAAUUUGAGAGUCCUCUUAACUGAAAAUCUCACUGCCAAUGAUGUUCAAAGACUUAAGGAUGCCGUCGAAAAUGUCAAGAAUUCAGCAAUGAAAAUCGGACAAGCAAUGUAUCGUAAUACCGGUGGUGCAAGUGAAUAAUAACAACAAUAAUCUUCGGAAUAAUAGGGAGAAUAAUAACAAUAAUAAGAGGGUGGAGAAAAUAACAACAAUAAAUAAAAUUGAUAUAUUAUGUUAUUAAUAUUGUACAUUCCUUUAAUAUUGGCUUCUUA